AUGGUCCGCACCUCUCAAGAACCCAUCCCGACUACUCCCCAGCUCCGACGCUCCACAUCCACACAGCCCCGCCCACGUCCCUCUGCAGUCAAUGCUACGCCCCGACAGGGACAAAAGACGCGUCCCGUCCUUGGCGAAAAGCUUGAAAACUUUGCACGCCCCAUUCCCCAAUCUAGAGGCCUGAAGAACGCGGUCAAGAGCGUACCAAUGUCCAAGCGACCGAGACCGACCGAUUCGCCGAUGCGCCCAAACUUGACGAGGUUUAUCGCCAAAUCGCCCACCGCUACGAUGCGCUCCCCACCCUCUUCUUCCCCCUUCCACCUCAAUACAGGCAACGCACCGAGGCCGUCUGCCAUUAUUCCAUCGUAUGGUGAUGAUUCACAGCUGUUGGACAUGACUAUGGGUGGCGGGAUGGAUGCUUUUGAAACCACCGACGAGAGCGAGGACGAGCUCGGUGUCUGGAGAGCGGGUGGAGCAAAGCACACAGGAAUGUUGACUCCUGCUAAUAGCCAAACUUUGAUGGCUGAACAAAGCUCUCCUCAAACCCUCAAGAGGACCAGAAAGUCUACUGUUGGGCGACAACGUACCCCAGUACGCCUACCUUCCCCACCCGUAUCACAAGCGACACAGGCUGAAGGAAAUUCCUCGGGUUCCCGCAUCGCCUUCACCUCCCACGUCCGAAACCGCCCCUCUCCCACACCCCCGAGACGUGUCUCCACCCUCUCUGCUUGCGUACUCGACGACACAUUUCUCCAGAAAUUGCCGUCGCCGAAUCCGAGGGGAAAGAAGAAGGCGAGGUCCAGCGGCGGGUCAACAGGAUCGACCAGCGGGAAAGUGGUCGAAGUCAUUGUCCCCAGGAGGAGAACUACGCAGGAGCCGAGAGAAGUCAGCCCUCAAGCGCCUUCCCAAUCUCUCCCGAGAUCGACCAAGGGCAAAGGAAGAUCUGCGGGUGCAUCUCUCUCGCAAUCGACAUCCCGAUUGCCCAGCGCUACGCUCUCACAAUCCACAACCUCCAAACGUCGCACAAGCGGCGGCUCCCUCAAGAGUUCCACCUCUUCGACCAAAACCCCCGCUCCCUCUCGCAAGAAGUCUAUUCCCUCCACUGCUCCUGCUCGUCGCCGGCAAUCCAAACCACCAGCGACGGCUUCCGUCAAAGAAGCUGCCAAACGUCGAGCUUCGACAGGCACAGCUCUUUCAAAGUCGACAAUCGGCAAUCCCAAGAGCAGGCGCAGAAAGACAUUGACGCCAGAGUUGGCUCAGGCGCUGAGCGGUAUUCUGCCAGAACCAAUUCAUGGAAGUCCAGGAGAUGAUCCUCUGCUCCUGAAGGGGGAAUUCAGACGGGCCAAGAAGUGGGAUAGGCGAGUGAAUGGAAGCGGUGAGAGGGGUAGUCAGGGAUUGGGGUUGGAAUUUGAAGGCGACUUUGGUUCCCCCGUCCGCAAACCAGAAGCACGACAGAGAACCAAUUCUCCUAUGCCUCGUCCAGCUGCCGUUUCUGAACCUCCCCGUGAUCAAUCCCCUGAACCCGAGCUAGAACCCCGGAUCGAGGGUUACAACUACAACGAAUUCGGUGAGAUCGAUCUUGGUCAGAACGACGCGUACUUUGACAACGCAGGGGGCUGGUCUGAUGAUGGAAGUGAGGCAGGAGACGAUACUUUCGUGCAUCUCAAAGAGAGAAACUCCAGAGAUGGAGAAGAGGAGAGGGCGCAGGAUGAGGAACAAGAGAUACCGGCGAGUCCGUUCAUCCGUAGACCUGUGUCUGAACCGAUCAUGGAGCAGCACAGGGAGCAAGAGGCUGAAGCAGAGAACGUCCCCGAUGACGACGGCGACAUAACCUUCGAAGCAGUCCAAGGUGAAUGGGACGAAGAGGACAGUGGAGAGACUGCUGUCCGGUACACCCCCGAGCGUUCACCGGAGCUUCCGGAUCUGCGACAUCUUCCAGGAACGUCAAUGUCUCCAAUGGGUGAGGCGUCCGAAUGGUUGGCCGCUCCUUCUUCAAGGGCAUUCUCUACGAGCGAAGUGGGAUCGCCUAUCAAACAUCGGACGGCUUCUGCAACUCCGGUCCCCAUUUCGCGCCGGCAGACGCCAUCACACACCCCUCCUGGAUCUCCUCGAAGACUGUCUCCUUCCCCCGAACCCACCCCAACCCGACGUCAAUCCAUACCUCUGUCGACCCCAACUGCGUCCACCUCCCUGCCUGUUCACUCCCAUGACUUUGCUACAGACAUAUCAAUCGAGCAGCCUGAGGAACAUGUCUCCGCUGAGGCAUCUCCUGUGCUGUCAGUCACCUCCCGGCAGACUGCGAGGACACCUACUCAGUCACCAUCCGCUUCGGUUUUGCAGCGAAGUUUCCAUGCCCUCGACUUUACGACCAGUGAUCUUGCUCAGCUUCGAGAAUCGUCUAUGAUGAUGUCUUCGCCUUCCAUGUCCGUGUCAUCAGAGCGUACGGCAAGGAUGGCUUCUCGAUCUCCUCUUCCUCUUAUGUCUUCUUCAGCCUUGCGGAGUAGCAUCUGUGCUCCCGUCACCCCUCUUGCACGGAUGGCCAUCGAACCCAAGGCAGGAGAGGUCGACGUAGGCCAAUCCUCGGCCCAGUCACUGGCUGUCCCAAUCGGAAGCCAGUGUCUCACAUCAGUAUCUUUGGGGGCGGCAGACACACCACGCAAACUGGGGGAAAGUCUGACGAGAUCGCCGUUCUCGUUGAUCAAGUAUCGAGGAGAGGUGCAGAGUAGUCCGAUGGUGCCAUUCAGCUUUACACGGGAGCUUUCAGAGACGCCUACCGACUUUUCCGACACCAAGCCCGCCGAAGAAGACCGCAAAGACGACAUCGUCGAGCAAGCUGAGCGAAUGGUAGCUCGUUUAUCGAUGCCUCUCUCUCCUCGAUUCGACUGCGCGGGAUUACGAGAAAGCACGCCGUCUGUAGUGGUCCAAGAGGCCUCUUCGCCGAGAGAGACUCCUACCAAGGAGUUGACGCACGCGGCAGUCGAAAACACUAACAGUAGUGCUCUGGAAAGUCUUUCACCAAUCAUGGUAUCGGUAUCGAAGCGUCGAACUCCAUCACUUUCACCCGCGCGGGAAAGAGUGCCACUCAGAGCUUCGUCCGUGAUGUCUUCAGGCCAGGUCACGCCUGCUCUGGGAUUGCUUUCUCCUUCAAGUAUGUCUAGGUCACCUCAUCGUGGAGAAAUCUCUCAAAGGAAUGAGACUCCUGGCCAUGAGCCGAGUCCUACCCAGACGUCGUUACCAACUCUGAGAAUACCCACUCCUGUGCGCGAGCCAUCUUCGGCACGUGCGGCUACUCCUGUUGAAAAGGCAAAUCCUACACGGAACAGGUCUUCCCCUUCGCCCUCGGCCGUAUAUGCUGUGGGAAACAAUAUGUCGUGUUCUCCUACAGGUCGCUCUCCCACCCCCGCACAGGCUCUUCGUUCUCCGACACUCCACGUUACCACUCCAAACAUUGCCGAGCAGAUUCCCCUGUCGCUUGACGGGCCCACCCCCAAGCCCAUGCCUCGCUGCAGUAAUGGCACUCCCCAUCCUUCUGCGUCUUUUGACAUGAGUAGCUCGCAUCUCGAUCUCAGCCCUAGUCUCAAAAGGCCUUUGUCCAACAAACAGUCCAUGCUUGGGUCAGAAGGUUCGCCUCAGAGGACAUUGACCCCUGAGCUCGAAAGUUAUUCGACGCAUUCAUCGCCUAGACGAUCUCCUCGGCUCAGCAUUCACGCGCGCGCUGCCUCUUUGCCAUCUGUCUCUUCACACUGGCCUGCACACCCUUCGCUUUUGGUGGAGGAUCAGGGGGCCGCCGUUCGAGUCUUGGAAGACCAGGAAGCGGAGACUGUACCAGACGAUCUCGGGUCUCAAAGUGUCACACCAACAAGUGGCCCCGAAAUCAACGAGCCGCGCUCUCUCCACCCCGCCAGCGAGCAUUCUGCACAAUUGGGGGCAGUCUACGAAGACGAAAAGCUUGAUUGGACCGAAGAUGAAAUCAUCUCCAACGGGGAUGCUUCAUCGGACGAAGAGAUGACCGAGGGCGAGAGUGUCCUGUCGAACAUGACAGACAAGACUGCGGAGGCAGAGGCGGGUGCAUGGGACGAUUCCACGUCGUUUGAUGACCAGUUGCCCAUCAUCAGCAAAGAAGCUCAAGUAGCAGCCAGGAAAGAUGCCGACGGCGAGAAGAGUAUCUCAGAUGACGAAUCCGAGAAGGGUAUCCUCGAAGAGACUGAGUCGGAUACUGAGCAAGAAAUCUGCGACGAGAGCGUGAGCGGGGAGGCGUACCCUAUCGACGGAGAACGCGAAGAAGACGGAGAAGAAGAAGACAGCGUGGGGGAAGAGGCAGAGGGGAAGAUUGUUAUCUCUGUGGUCCACAGGGGAAUUGCCAAGAUUGAGCCCGAAGAGGACGAGGAGAUGGUCAUCAACGACAAUCCUGCGCAGCAAAGAGAUGCCGUCCUCCCCGUGCCUCCCUCUCCUGCGAAAGAACACGCAGAAACUCCUGCACCGUCAACACCGACGAGGCCACAGCAGUCUCAGCUCACAACCACUCCUCAAGGUAGCCCUGGCCCUACUCGUGCCUGGCAAGCUACUACUGGAAGUAUGGUGGCUCAAACAGGCGAGAGACCCUCAUCUCAAGGCUUCACUUCGGGUCCUGGGCCGAGCACACCAGCCGCAUUAUCCGCUUGGCAAGCUGCUGCCGAUAGCCCCGCCUCCCCUCUCUAUCCUUCUCUUGAAAACCUCGCAUCUCCUCUUGCUGCCGGUAUGAGCUUUGUCACGUCAACCCCCGCCCAGCACCAGGCACCCAAUCUCACAGUCAGCCUCAACACACCUGUUCAGACUCCAGCUCUACGAGUUGCUGCCAAAAACAACUCGGGUGAGGGAAUAUUGGCGCUUGAGAAGGUGUUUGCUCGAAGGCAGGUUGGCCAAUCCAAGUUGUCUCGACAAGUGCUUCCUUCUAGUUCCCCUUCCCAAGCGGACGUUGAUGGUAUCAUCGAAGCUCCGCUCACAGAGAAGACUGCUCUGCAGGAAGAAGGACCCUCGCAUCUCAGUGGUACUGACUGUGACUCGUCAGCUGAGAUGGAGGCUUCUCCCAAAGCAAAAGGAGACAAGGCCGACCAAUCUAUUCGAAUCAAGAAGCCUCGAGAGUCGCUCUAUGACGAGUUGACCGCCGCAGCUGUGGCCAAGGGCGGGGAGGAUGCGGACAACAGUUUCAACUCAAUAGUAGAAAUCUCGAGUAAGGAUCCACAAGCCGCUGCUCGAGCUGCUGCGCUUCUCAAGAUGAAUCACAAGUACAUUGAAUACGGUAUUCUCACGAGUGCCACUGAGCAAGCCAAAGAGGCCAGCUUUGCCUCCAGCAGCUCGCAUCGCGUUGACAAACGUGAUCUGCUGUACGAAGCCGAACUGGAUCUUGUCUCUCAGCGUCGCAGUCGUAGUCGCUCUACAAGCUGCGCUCCAUCCCUUGCACGAGAAUGGGAGGGAACGAGAGGCGAGAGAGAGAUGUCUGUCAUGUCUUUCAGGACCGAUGACUUCCCUGUACCCGGUGGCUUUGUCAAAACACCCAUGAAACGUCCGCGAUCACCUCUUCCCCCCUCAACUCUUACCCGGUAUCACUCGAAUACUGUCCAAGCCGAUGCUUCUGUGGCCGCCAGGAGAUCCAGGAGCAAGUCGAGCAAGGCGUGGGGUGUGCAUGAUUGGAAGCGGCUCGAAAAGGCGUUUGAAUUGAACAAGGAGGCAUGGUUGAAGGAGAGGGAAGUCAAGGCGUUACCUGGAGGACUCAUCUCGUGGGCUAGGCGUUCCACAUUCGGACAGUCCACUGUCGUGAAUGAAGUCAAAUCAUGGGAUGCUGAAGGAUUCGUCGCCGAGUUCCUGGAAGGUGAAGGGGAGAGGGCUAAAAGGGAGGAAUGGAAUCCCGAGCAAAUUCUUCUGAGAGUCCAUGCGCUCGAGAGCAGGUCUGAGAGAUCGAAGAACGGAAACGUCUCUACCUCCUCCUUGCUGGAUCUUCAAACCCCCGCCAAGAAGUCUCGAGUGGAGCGAGACUCGUCCGUCUCGAUCGAGGUCUCAUCUGUAGACACUCCGGCCUCUACAUCACAGGCUGCGGCGCCUUCCACUCUCAAGAAGAUGUUUGGCUACGUCUGGGGACGCGGUGGCUCUUCCACCGAAACUACCCAGGAGAAGGGUAAAGGGUUGAUGAAGGACUUUGAGGCUGUCAAGGGGAAGGCGAAGGAGGACUCGCAGAUGAAGGUGAUCGCUACGACCAAAACUCCUGUAAUACCCACUACCUCUGCCAGCCGUGUGCCCGCGUCGAUCUUCAUCCCUCGCUCCACAUCCACCCCUGCCCUCACCACCUCUGCGUCCUCUAUUCCCAACACCUCUUACAACUCCAGCGCUUCGUACAACUCCGACUCUUACUCUUCUUCCCAUGGCAACUCCUCUGGACGCUUGUUCCCGCCCCUCGAGCCUUCUCUUACACAGAGGACGUCGGCGAUUGCCAAGCUGUUUCCUGACGGGGCCUCCCAUAUCAGGCCUCCUCCCCCCAAGGAGACUCAACCCAUCAAACUUCCUAGUUCAGCGUGUGGCGUGAAGAGGUCGGGGAGCGUGAAGGACAUGGCGAGGGCGUUGGAGGAGAGUUUUGAGAAACAGGCGUAA